AUGGCGAGCUUCCUUUCCGAUCUGAUUCAAUACCGGGGACUAUUCCAGAUGAUCCUCGUACUGGGAAUUGGGGGCAGCUUCCCUUAUGGGUUUCACAUUUCUGUAAUCAACUAUCCCUCCAUGCAUAUUAAAAAAUUCAUUAAUGAGACCUGGCUGGAACGACAUGGCUCACCACUGCCUCAAGAGAAUGUUAUCUUGUUGUGGUCCUUCAUAGUAUCCAGUUACGGGAUUGGAGGUCUCGUAGGGAGUGUCUGUUGUGGAUACCUCACCACAAAAUAUAGAAAAAAGAAAUGCCAGAUGUUCACCAACCUGAUCAUGCUGACGGCUGCCCUGUUCAUGGGUUUCAGCAAGAUGGCCAAGUCUUUUGAGAUGAUCCUCCUUGGACGCCUCCUCUAUGGGAUUGGCAUUGGCUUUUCUUUCAACAUUCAUCCUCAAUAUGUGGGAGAGAUUUCGCCAAAGAAGUUGCGGGGAUUUACAAAUGCCACGGUUGCUGUUUUUCUGACAUUAGGCAAAGUUGCAGGACAAAUCAUUGGUCUUGGGGAAAUUUUGGGCUCAGAGUCCUUGUGGCCGCUGCUGUUGGCUUUUAGUGGGCUCACAGCCGCAAUCCAAUUGGUGACACUCCCGUGCUUUCCUGACUCCCCAUCGUACCUUCUGAUACAGAAAGGCAACGAAGAGGCCUUCCUGAAAGCCAUCAAACAGCUCUGGGGCGAGGGAGACCACCAAGCCGAGAUUGACGAUAUCAAGAGGGAAAAGGCAGCCAUGUCUGGCACGAAAAGCCUCCGCGUCCUAGAAGUGCUGAAGUCCCAAUCACUGCGCUGGCAGUUGUAUGUGAUGAUGACCGUCAUGAGCACCCUGCAGCUGUGUGGCAUCAAUGCAAUCUACUUCUACUCGUUUGAAGUUUUUCGCACAGCCCAGUUUGAAGAAACCCUCAUUCCAUACAUUGCCCUGGGUGUUGGCAUCUGCGAGUGCUUCUCAUCCAUUCUGUGUAGUUCCCUGAUUGAGCGUUUUGGGCGGAAGCCUCUGCUGUGGGGAGGAUAUGCUGCCAUGGUGUUGGUGUUGGCUGCACUCACAGUAACCCUUUCAUUCCAACAUCGCUUCUUUUGGAUGCACUACUUGAGUGUCGUUUUCAUCUUCCUCUUUGUCGUCUUCUAUGGAAUUGGACCUUCUGGUGCCACAAUAUCAGUUAUGGUGGAAAUCUUCAAUCAAACAUACCGUCCAUCUGCCUUUGUAAUUGUGGGAUUUAUCAACUGGAUGGGGCUCUUUCUGCUUGGGAUGAUCUUCCCAUUCAUGGUGGAAUAUCUUGGUCCCUUCUGCUUUCUGAUUUUUAUAGGAAUCCUGGCCGUUUCAAGUGUAAUCAUCUACUUAUAUCUUCCAGAAACAAAAGGAAAAUCUAUUCUCGAAAUUACAAUGGAGUUUAAUAAGCUAAAUUAUGGAAAGAAACAAGUUUUUCUCUCAGAAAAUAGUUAUCCAAAGGAAACUGUACUUUGUACCAAACUUUAACUCUUGAACUGCAAAAUCUCUGUAUUUGGAGAACUGUACAGCACAUAAAAUUCACCAAUCACAACACUACCGCAUUUGUUCUGAAAUUUUGCAUAGCUUCAAAGAGCAAAAUCCAUCUCUUUACAUUUGAAGAACAUUUGGUGUGUCAUAUUGUACUCUGCACUGCAAACAAAGCCUGUCUUUUCAGUUCGUGUCCAGAGAUCAUAAUCAUAUUAACUGGCUACCACCUAUAUAUUUUUGACCAUAUCCAGCAGACACCCCAUAUCAGUAGUUUUUAAAACUAUUUGACCCAAUUAUCCCUUUGUCUUGAAGAAUACCUUUACUCUGUCUCUCUCUCACACACAUUUUACACAAACGUAUCAGCAGUGAACUGGAUCCUUGAUUCACAAACAAGAAAUCAUAAAUUACUCCCGGGUGCUUUUAUAUUGAAGCACCCAAGAAAGAGCAUCAGUGAGGAAAUUCUUCCCCCUUGGCAAGUAACCAAGGGUAAAAUUGAACCGAUUGAAGUACAAAGCCCAUCACACUUGCUUAGUUUCCUUGGGGUUUUCAGGGCUUCUAAGUUCUUGUAGUCAGUCCACACUUCAAAGGGGAUCUUAUUGCCUGCCAGGUGUUUUUUUUGGCCUGGUGAUACUUCAGACGGGGGUGUGCUAUGUGGCACGAUGCCCCCUCAGGCCCAAGUAGCCAGUCCCUGAAUUCUCAGAAUGAGUCCCUCUUUUCUUCUCCCACAAGAGGAGCUUGCGGUGGAAGUUCGUAAGAACCGACUGCCAUGCGAGGAGGGCAUUCCAGCUCCCAAUUCAAAGAUUUCUAAAGGCUCUUGUGCCAGGCCCCCUUCAGAUGCUUCUUAGCCAGAAAGCUAAGAGAUUGCGGUCAACAUCUUUCUGGCAUGGAUCAGCGGUCUGCAUGGCUGUUUUGCUGGUCUUGGGAGUGAGGAGAAAGAGUAAAAAAGCAGGCCAGUUUUUCCCGGGCCUAGUGUGGAAAUGUUUUGAAUCAGGAGCCCCACAGAUGCAAGUGAGGUGUGGAGGUGUUGGGGACUGGAGCCCCACCAUGUGACGCGGUGCCGGUCUAGCCAAAUUUGGACAGAAGGAGUGGAAAAGUCUGCUGUAGGAGCUGCAGAGAACUUGGAAAGGGGAGAUAAUUUUGUGGCGCAGCCGUCACUUCCUCUUCGGGGAGAGAAUGGUUGCAGAGGCAUCUCUGGGAGAAAGGGAAGGCUAGAGGGAUUGAGCUCCACCUAAAACCUCUGAGGGAGCUGCCGACAGGGAACCCCCUGGUUUUCACAGGUGGGGGGAUUAGGCAGAAGUCCUGGGGGAGAAGUCCCAAGCCAGAUGUGCAAAAGGCGUCCAGGAGCAUCCCCAGCUGUGGAGGGGCUUUAGAGUGCAGCCCUAUUUACAGCUGAGAGCCCAGUUGAAGCGUCAACCAGGAGACGGCGAGUUCGAGUCCUGCCCAGCGCAUAAAAGCCAGAUGGGAGACGUUGGGGCAGAGUCAUCCACUCCCAGCCCUGGGAAGCAGGCAAUGGCCAGCCUCUCCUGAAAAUGCUUGGAUAGAAGCGAAUCUUCCGUC